AUGCGUGUCGUCUACGCCUUUGCUCUCGUGGCUUUGCUCGCUUUCGUAAACGCGGCCCCCGUCCUUUCUGCUGGUGAGUCUCGGUUGCUUUUGGGUCAGUCAACACACCGUCAAGUCACCUUGCUGACGAAGAUUCCGUUGCACCUCAUCUGGUCACAGACUCGGAGGGACUUAUCGUCGAAAGGGACCCAGUCAACGCGGCCGCCGGGCCACCCAGAACACCUCAAUGGCGCAGGGAAGAUGAAAGCGCAGAGUACGGCGGCCACAAUGGCGGCAACUUCCGAAGAGAAGAUGUCGAUGUCGAAGCACGUGCAGGGGGCCGCGGUGGCAAUUGGAAAAGGGACAGCAAUGGUAUUUGCAGGAACUGCGGCGGUUGGUGA